AUGUUCCAGGCUGGCUCGGGCCGAUUCUGGAAUAACUACACAACAGAAAUGCUCCUCUACGUGGAAGAUCACAAGACCUGCUUCUGCCAGAGGGAGUGGGAGCAGCAGCUGCUGCAGUUCCUGGAAGACCUUCUCUUCCUCAUCUCGGACCAUACCUGGCUGGGCUGUUUCAUCACUAGUAUCAGACGCCAGCUGUCCCACAUCGACAUGCGGCCCAGUGACAAGAGCUUUCUCUACAAGUGCUGGGGCACUGUGCUGAUGUUAUCUCCAGAAGAGAGCGUCAAGCCCCAGCUAUGGCGUCUGGUGGAGAUGGUCAAUUUCCGAGAAGAAGAGGAAAGAGAGGGAUUUGCCCGAGCACUUGGGCUGUGUGCCAGGAAACACCUGUAUGAGAUUUUUGCCAUCCUGGAGCACUGGGAAGAGGUCGUCAGCAGGGUGCAGCCCCAGCCUUCUGCUGCUGGCUCUCUGGAGGAGCCACCUUCCAUUGAGCAGCUGAGAAGCCUCCUGCUCCUCACCUAUGGGCAUGUGGUCCACUCAGUCCCCACAGAUCUCUUCCUAGAGACCAUAGGCUACAAGAUCCUGUCUCCCAUGCGGAAACACUAUUUUCUGAGCCCACAUGACUCGCUGGUGAGAUCUGCGUUUGUGAGAAGCCUCGUGCUGGUGGGUGAAGCUGUCACCCAAGUGAGCAGGAUUCCCUUGGUGAGCCAGGACACAUACACCGUGCUGUCCCCCCUGCUGGAGAUCCUCAGAUGCAAGGACCGGGCCCGGCUGCAGAGCCCCGACCACAAGUGUGCCCUGCUGGCCAUCUCAUACAUAGGGAAAUUCCAGCCUCGCCUGUCUAAGGAACAGGUGGCUGAGACCAUCAGCACUUGUAUCACCAGCUCCAUGAUUCAGCGUCCAACCCUGGCGAAGCUGAGAGGGACUACGGUGGCAGAAAGCUCCGCUAUCCGGGCAGAGUCUCUCCAAGAACUGCCCUGGGAGGGCCUGGAUCAUGUGCUGCAGACAUUCCUGGAACAGCACCUGACUCCCACCACGCUACUGCAUCUGUUUCUGCACUUGCAGCCAUGGAUCUGCUCUCCCCGGGCCCAGGAGAGGACCCGAGCUGUGAGAGCCAGCGCCCGGCUCUUCAUGUUUUAUCGAUUCAAGGCCAUCACCGAGGACCUGAAACCCAUGACAGAGCAGGGCUACAUGGCCGGGCUGCUGACAAGCCAGGCCUUCGAUGCUGAGGAGGCCACUCGAUACUGGGCAUCUCAGGCUCUCUACUGGCUCUUCACGCCUUGCAAAGCCGUCGUGUACAGCAAGACAGGGGCGGUGGUGACUGUGCUGAGCAAGGCGCAGAAGGAUGCCAGCUGCAGAGAGAGCCCUGCCCAUGUUGCUAUGCUCAUCGCGGAACACCUGCAGUCCCGUGACCUCAUGCCCUUCAGCUUCACCUUGCUGGUGGGCCUGCUGGAGAAGGGGGAGUGUGCUGAGCUGCUGGCGGGCGUCCUGGAGGCGGUGCUGAGACAGCAAAAACCAGAGCUACAGGGCCAAGUAAUGGCUGGGCAUUGGACAUCUCGGGCAGCUCCAUCUUGCCCCGUGCCUAGAAUUCCUGGGGCCUGA